AGUCCCGUCUGCGUUCGUUUUUGGCGGGAACAGAAAAACAUUUUUGUUUUAAUUAUUUUUACGUCUUCUAUUGUCUCUCCUAAGUCCAAAAGACGGAUUAGGGUUUCGAAAUUUUGGCAGAGGGAGAGAUGGAGAAGCCUGGCAGUAUGAGAACCGUGGGAGGAGGGAUCGAAGAGAACAUAUUGGCAAUCCUCGACUCUUCUGAAGCUAAAGACACUCUGGACGCCUUCGAGGAUAGAGUCGCUUUUAUCGAAGCUGUUCGUGCUGCUUCCAUUAUAGCAAAAAAUGGAACUCCACCUACCUAUAAAAUGUAUGAGGCAAUCUUCUCCAUAUUGAGGAUUGGAAAGUCUCUAGAAUUGACUAUGGCAAGUUUUCAGCUUUUGAAUGAGUUAGAUAAGCAUUUCCCUCGGGUAAAUUCUUCUGAUGUGGAUAAAUCAAAUUCAUCAAGCAGUGUACCUGAACUAAUCAUGGUUCAAGAGGUUUGGUUUCCAUUCGUUUUCAGCUCUGAAAAUGCUAGCCGUGAGAGGGGAGCUGCGAAUAGCUCAGAGGGACCAGUUGACUCAUCAGGUUUCCAACUUUUGAUACAAGACCUUGCUGACGCAACCGAUGAAGGAAACUUACGAGCAUCAGAAACAAAGUCCUUAGCAAACAUGCUAUUGUUUCAAUACCUAGUUAACGUUUUUGAAGGAGAUUUUCAACCACGUAACAGUGUCUAUGAAGAUACCAUGAACUGGGUAGUUCUGAGAGAGUCUUUACUGAACGUGCUUCUGGUGUCAAGAAAAGUAAACUACAAAAGCUUGAUGAAGGAUUGCUUGACCAUUAUGUGUAAACUGUAUCAAAACUGUGCUGGAUUCACCGACGAUCUGAUAUGUUCAGAGAAUUCUGCGGCACAACCAGCUGAAAAUUUUGAUACUGCUGCUGCAAUUUCUUUACUUGAGGUAGGAAAGCAUACCUGCAUAGCCAUGCAGAAGUUUCUAAUAAUGAUACUGGAGCUUGAUGUGUCCAAGAAGAGUGCAGAGACGCAAGGUUCUACUACCCGAGCUGAUGGUGUCAGAACUCCUCUGGUGGAGAUAAUUCUGGAUGAGCUAACAUACAAUAGAGAUAUUAUUUCCCCAUUUCUUCAGGUUUUCAAUGAACCUAAAUGGAAGCUUGAGGUAGUUGUGCAGUACUUGUGGAAGUACAUUGGUAAGCCUUCUGUUCGCACUCGUAGGUCAAACAGUCCUACGGACGAUGCAUCAUUCAGUGGAGCAUUGAAGUGCUUUUCAAAUAUCACCAGCACAAAAAGUACCUUAAAAAAGAUUAGGACAGAAGUAGUUCAGUUGUUGUUAGCACAUGGCUUUCGGGCUCAUUUGUCGCUACCAAGUGAGCACCAUCCUGUUGAAGGCACCUCUGCUUCCAAUGAAGAAAGAAGUUGCAGCUCGCUUAUUGAGAUAUGCAAGAAUAUAAUAUCUGCGUUUAAAAAUAUGAAGACAGCAGACAAGCAGAUGGAGAUUUUGUCACUUGGUAAGGAAGCACUAUUUACGGCCGCUACUAUCAUAUCAGCAAAGUCAUAGCAUGUUUCAGGUCAGGUGCAAAUAGCAUCUUGUGGAAGCUUGACAAGCAUUAAGGAAUGUGCUGCAUGCUUUAUUUUGGCAGGUCCUAAACCUUCAUGCAGCUCAUUUAUCUUUGUUUUAGGAUAAAUCUGUAGAAGACUGUUGGAAAUGUUUUUGUAAAUGCGUAUUGCUUUGGCUAUAUAUUUAAGAAGAAAAAAACCCCAAAAUGUAUAAAUAUUUAUGAACAAAGCCAUCUCUCCAAGAACA